AUGGCCACCCGCCUGCCUCCUUUAAAUGAUGUGGCGCCCUCGUCGUCCCUGGAGUCAUCGUCAUCCGUGAGCACCACUCCAGCUCCAGCGUCAGCCACAGUGUCAGUAUCAGCUACAGCAUCAAUACCACUCACUUCGAACCCGUCCUCAACAGUCCUCUGCACUCCAAAUCAAGAUCCCGACUGCGUCAAGCAGGAAGCCUCCCCUACCCCAUCCUGUUUCACCUCCGCCGACGGCGACACACCCGUCGCCGAGAAUGGCGGAUCCACGACGGCCGCGGGCCGGAAACGCAAGCUCAAUAGUACCUCGUCGCGCGGCGUGGCCAACCUGACUCCCGAGCAAUUGGCCAAAAAGCGAGCGAAUGAUCGGCAGGCCCAGCGGGCGAUCCGGGAGCGGACCAAAUCGCACAUUGAGUCGCUUGAGCAGCGGGUGCGCGAGCUCUCGUCUCAAAAACCGUUCCUUGAUCUCCAGGCGGCGCUGAAGCGGAAUGAAGCCAUUCAGGCGGAGAAUCGGGAUUUGAAGCACGGGCUUCAGGCGGUGAUGGACAUUAUACAGCCGCUGGUUGCGAAGCAGGACCCAAAUCUGCCUCCCCCUCCUCCGCCUUCUCAACCUCUGAAUGCUUCCUUCAAUCCGCUGCGGUACACCGAGACUCACCACUUCACCUCGAGCGGCCAAGGAUACGAGUCAUCCUAUACCACGACAACUUCUGGCGCAGAAACGCCGACGUCGACACACUCGGCACCUACGAUGAGUGCUCAUCGACAAGAUAGCAGCAACGGACUGGCGUCGUUCCGGAUCGCAUUCGACUAUCAGCGUCAUAACCUCGCUCAUGGAUUGGAUUUUGGUACGGACGAGAGACUGGGUUUCAAUUUCCUGCUCGAUGCCACUCAGCAAGUUCCUCGGGUGGAAGGGUUCCGUCGAUCAAUGGAGAGCUUCAGGCCGUCUCAGGCAGAUCCGCCUCCAGUCUACACACCUUCGCCUAGCGGUCCUGCGCCGGAGCAACCCUUGCCCGCAUACAGAACUCCCAUCCGGAACGUAGCCCCGACGUGCACAUUGGACGCCAUCCUGUUGGAUUUUCUUCAGAAUCGUCAGCGCAAAGCGGCAGAGGGAGUUCCCACACAGAAGCUCGUGGGGCCCCCUUAUCCGAGUGUCUCGUCGCUACUGAACCCCGAAAAGAAUGUUCACUCGCAUCCACUGUCAAAGGUGUUUGUCGAUAUCCUUCGCGCAUUUCCAGAUAUUUCGUCCCUGCCUGAGCAAGUAGCUGUCUUAUACAUAAUGUUUCUCCUCAUGCGGUGGCAGAUCUACCCGACGCCAGAGAACUAUGAGCGGUUGCCCGAAUGGCUCACACCUCGGCCCUCUCAACUUCUCACACCCCAUCCGGCCUGGAUCGACUACAUUCCGUGGCCGCGGAUGCGCGAUCGGCUGGUCGCCUCGUAUCAGGAAUAUCCGUUUGAACAAUGGUUCAUCCCAUUCACCCGGACGCUGUCCGUGAACUGGCCGUACGAGGCGACGGACUGCUUGCUUUCCACCAGUGAUCAUGAGGACCUCAUCAUUAAUCCAGUCUUUGAGCGACAUUUUCGAAAUCUGAACAAUUGGUCGCUCGGCCCAUCUUUUGCGAAAGCGUAUCCGUACAUGGCCGAAACCGCGAGAAUCAAAUCUUAA